CCGUUUCGCGUGCGCCCUCUGCCCUCGCGCGGGUCUGCCUUGACGUUCUGCUCGGCGGCCCUUUCCUUAUAGCUUUGCCCACCCCCGGAAAGUCUUGGUGUCCGCUCUUGCCUCUUCCGCCGACCUUUCGACACUCCCAUAUCCAACAACCACGCUUGCUCUGCAUUUGCAACACGUGGUGAACCGGUCUUCCAAGGCUUGAUCAUUCACCCAUCCACCAGAGCGCGGUCGAUUGUUUGUGCAAGUUCGACUGUGCUUCACUCGCGACUUUCUUAAAGGCCCUCGUCUUGGCCUUUGCCAAGCAGCAGCAUCAAGAUCACCACAAUGGACGCUUCCUCUGCCCCUCAGACGGUCGCGCAAGCCGUGCAAGCCGCGACGCAACAGGCACAAGCUGCCGCUGCCGCGCCUUCGCCAUCCGUGCAAGCACCAGUGCAGAGCACGCAGUCUUCCACCAUCGACAACCUCACCUGCCAGUGGCAAGGCUGCGGUGAGCGAUGCGACAGUGCUGAGGCUCUCUACGACCACGUCUGCGAACGCCAUGUCGGUCGCAAGAGCACCAACAACCUCAACUUGACCUGCCAGUGGGGCGCCUGCAGGACUACCACCGUCAAGCGCGACCACAUUACCUCUCACAUCCGAGUCCACGUUCCCCUCAAGCCACAUAAGUGUGACUUCUGCGGCAAGGCCUUCAAGCGUCCUCAGGAUUUGAAGAAGCAUGUCAAGACCCACGCUGACGACAGCGUGUUGAUGAACUCUCCUCAGCACGGUGCUGGCCGCAGCGGAAGCGGCAGCAUUGGCGCACAGAAUGGCAAGCCAUCUUCCUACUAUGGUGCCGGCGGCCACGACUCGAUGAGCAACCCAUACCCAUCCUACCAGCCUGGUAUUCCAAACGGUGCCAACGGUGGCUCAUACCCACAACAGGCCGGUGCCCAGUACGCCGGCUACGGCUCCGUCAACUACCCAAACAGCUCCGCACUCGCCGACAUUCAGAGCAUGGACACUAGGAGACGAGCGAUCGAGGCGCUCAACGACUUUUUGGGAGAUAUCAAGCGUCGCGCGAUCGACCCAAGCAGCUACUACGAUGUUGGACACCGACUUCAGCAGGGCAACGCACUCCCUCUUCCCGUCGGCGGCGGUGGCUACAACACUGGUUAUAACAACAGCGGUGGAUACAGCGGUGGCUCCAGCGGCUUCAAUGCCGCCAGCUUCCUGGACUCCUUUAGCAACGGAGGCGGCAUGGGCGGCGGCGGCAGCGGUCCUCACGGCAGCGUCGCUACCCACGGAUACUCUCUUCCACUGCCAAACGCUCGCACUAAGAACGAUCUUCAGGACAUUGACCGCUUCCUUGAACAGCUUCAGGCCACUGUCUACGAGACUAGCAAGGGCUACGAGUCUGGCAAUGCCGCUGCCGCUGCUGGUGUGCAACAACCAGGUCUCCACUCUCAGUUCACCGGUGACUUCGGCUUGGGUGGCCACCAGGCUCAAUACCGCUCCAGCCACAGCCCACCAAACUUCCAGAACCAUCUUGGUAGCUCCGGUGCCAUGAGCAGCGGCUCCAGCAUGCACGGCGUGACCUCCGCCUCAUCUGCACUCGACACCCCAGCUCUCACUCCAGCAUCUGUAUCCUCAUACACCAGCUCCGGCCACUCACCCAUGAGCAGCCACGGCCGUGCCAGCUUCGGCAGCGCCGCAGGCAACAUGUACCCAAGUCUUCCAGCUGUCACUGGAAUGUCUGACCUCGGCUCCGGUUACCCAACUACUACCUCUGCUCCUGCAUCUGGUCUCGCCUCCGGCUUUGAAGGUCUCGAUGGUCGCCGCUACAGCGGAGGCCGCCUCCAGCGCCAAGCGCCAGAGACCAAGACCGAGGACACCGAGAUGGCUGAUGCCGACGAUGGAAGCCGCACACCAAAGGCUUCGGACUCCAAGCGACCCAAGAGCAAGGGGAACAGUACUAUCGAUCCUGCUCUCCGCGGUGAGGACGGCGCUGGUAGCGAUAGCGCAUCCACCCCAGCUGCUCAGUCAGAAGGUGCCGAUGACAAGCGUCAAGAGGAGUGGGUGGAGAACAUCCGUCUCAUUGAAGCUCUCCGCAAAUGGGUUGCCGAUCGUCUUAAGAGCGGCGACUUCGAGGAGGAAUCCGGCGCGGCCAAGGAGGGCGCCGAGGAGAAGCAAGUCAGCGCCGACAGGAUGGUCGAGGACAAGCUUACCGCAGCCUUUGAGCAACAGCGACAAGAGGAGGCUGCGAGCAAGCAGGAGGAGGCGAAGUACCCCAGUCUGCCCACCGCAGCUUAGAUUGCACGUCAGCCAUUGUGCAAUGCUUGACGACGUUGACGAGGCGCAAGAGGCGUUGUGGGAAGAUAUCGAGCGGCAGCUCUGUCUGGAACACUGGGUGGACGAGGAUGUGUUUCAUCAUCAGUCAUGUAUGAUUUCGCCCUCAAGGGCAUGAAGGCGUUUGGGUUCCUCAGUAUGAAUUAGAUGCUAUCACGCUUCGAAUGCACGUCAUUUCCA